CUUUCUCAGAACAACAAAACAAGAAUCCCUAAACACUCUUUCUCUCUCUAUCCCUAAUUUCUCUCUUCACAGUUUUCAAUUUCCUCUCACAAUUUGAUUUUCUUGCUCUAGUUGUAAUUAAGAUCAACUGUGAAUUUAUAGGUUUUUAUUGUAGCUAGGUGUGAGAACUUUAGAUUUGGUGAAUUGGAUGUGAAUUUAUGUGUCUGUGCUGUAAUCACUUUUUUUUAAGCUUCAGAAUUAUAAGUGAUUGUGUUGUGUAACUGUGGAAGUUAAUUGAGUUGUUGUAUUGGAGGAUUGUGAAUUUGUGGUGUGUUUGGAGUUUGAGAUAGGAAAGGGGUAGGGUUUUGUUUGUUGUGUUGGGGAAAGUUGAAGAUGAAAAGAGGGAAUGAUGAUGAGAAGAUGAUGGGGCCAUUAUUUCCUAGGUUACAUGUUGGUGAUACUGAGAAAGGAGGGCCUAGAGCUCCACCUAGGAAUAAAAUGGCUUUAUAUGAGCAGUUUAGUAUUCCCUCUCAAAGGUUUAAUUUGCCACUUCACCCGAAUAUGAGCAAUUCGGUUCCCCCGGCUUCCUCGAGCCAGGGGACUGUCCAUGAGAGAAAUUAUGUUUUUCCUGGUCAUUUGACUCCGGAAACACUUAUUCGUCAGGCUGGAAAGCAUCCCUCUCGCCAAACGAAAGGGGCGAAUUUGAAUGGUUCUAUAGGACAACUUGAACAUAGAAAGAAGGUUGAUGAAGAUGACUUUAGGGUUCCUGUGUACGUUCGUUCAAAUAUUGGUCAAUCUAAUGAGAAAAGGCCAGAGAGUUUUGAUGGGAAGAGACCCUCGUCUACAGGCUCUAGGUGUUUUGGUUUUUUGAAACCGGGUAAAAUUGAUCGGGAGAGGGAGCCGAAACAGCAUGGCUCUGCACUUGUUAAUGCAGGGACGGAUGUGAGAAAUGAGAUUGAUGGUCCUCCGCAAGUAAGUCCAAAUAAGGAGCAUCCAUUUACGUCUGCCAGAGAUGAAUCGACUGGAGAACGUAUUGAUACCUUAGUAAGACAAGCUAAAGUGACUCCAAAUCAAGAGGUUCAAGAUCGUCGCGUGUUCAAACUUAGCAGUUUGCGUCAAGGUGAUGGACGCUUACGACAAGACUGCCGAGCUGAGUCUCAAUCAAAUGGACAUGGACAAAGUGAUGGUCUCCUUGAAUCUACAAGGGAGGUAGACAAGAGUAACAGACCUAUAGUAAACCAAACCAGUCCAACCGAGGCUAUCGAUGGCACUGAAUAUCAUGAUACCGGGACAGGCAGUCCGAAACAGUUAGGAAAUUUAAAUAAAAAUGACAACAUUUCAAAGAUAUCCAGGGUAGAAAAUUUGUCAACUGUGAACAUUUCUCCCGAUGAUGUUGUUGCAGUAAUAGGCCAAAAACAUUUUUGGAAAGCCAGAAAAGAAAUUGCCAAUCAACAGAGAGUGUUUGCAGUCCAAGUGUUUGAGUUGCAUAGACUGAUAAAGGUUCAACAACUGAUUGCCGGAUCGCCAGAACUAUUGUUUGAUGAUGGUGCGUUUUUAGGAAAGUCUCUUCCAGAUGAAUCUACUCCUAAAAAACUCUCAUUGGAAUAUGUUGUAAAAGCUCGGCUACAAAAUCUUAAGCGCAAAGUUGAUUCUGAAAAGAUAAAUCAAAACAUGGAAUGUUCUGCAGAGAAUGCUGUUGGUAAAACAUCUAUUUCAUCAGUGAAAAAUACGAGCCACCUUUCUAAUUCCACGCCUUUUGCCGGAAAUCCACACCAAGGAAAUAUGGCUGCUGAUAAUGGAAUGGGUCCCUGGUGUUUCAAUCAGUCACCUGGGCAUCAGUGGCUAAUUCCUGUGAUGUCUCCUUCUGAAGGGCUCAUCUACAAGCCAUAUCCCGGGCCUGGAUUUACCGGAACAAAUUUUGGAGGAUGUGGGCCCUAUGGGGCUUCUCCUUCAGGUGGCACUUUUACGAAUCCUUCCUAUGGAAUCCCACCUCCACCAGAGACUCCUCCAGGUAGCCAUGCUUACUUACCUCCCUAUGGAGGCAUGCCAGUUAUGAAAGCUGCAGGUUCAGAGUCAGCUGUUGAACAUGUGAACCAAUUCUCUGCACGCACGCAAAAUCAUCGUUUAUCUGAAGACGAAGCUGAUUGUAACAAACAUAAUCAAAGCUCAUGCAAUUUACCGGUUCAGAGAAACGGAGCUACAUCACAUGUAAUGUUUCAUCAGAGAUCCAAGGAGUUUGAGCGGCAGAUGAGUACCGCAAGUAGUCCUAGCGAAAUGCCACAAGAAAUGAGCACGGGACAUGUUGCCGAAGGAAGAGAUGUACUACCACUUUUCCCUAUGGUACCAGUAGAACCAGAGAGUGCACCUCAUUCUCUCGAAACAGGACAACAAUCUCGAGUUAUCAAAGUGGUACCUCACAACCGAAGAUCUGCAACUGAAUCAGCAGCUAGAAUUUUCCAAUCAAUUCAAGAAGAGAGAAAACAAUACGACGCACUCUAGUGGUGUUUAUUGGCAUGAAGGAUCCAUUCAAGUGCAUGCCGUCUAGUUCCUGCACGUUCUGCAGGUGCGCGUGCUAUCAUGUAACAGUAUAUUAUAUUUACAUAUAUAUUUUUGUUUAGACCUUGUUACUUUACAGCACAUUGGUAUGUAGAUAUAUGUCUAUCAUAUGAAAAUUGGUCAAAACAUAAUAUUGUUGCACUUUGUCCUCUCAAGUAAUUGUAUGUUUAUCACAGGAAUUGGAUCACCCAAAAGGGUGCUCCCUUUGCUUGGGAGGAUCUUUUUGAUCCCUAUGUAUUACUUGACAUGAAAACUAAUAAAAAUCAAUUUCCUUCUGCAUCAAA